AAUAACUUUGCCAAAUAGAAAGCGACUACGUUGUGUUUCUGAGGCGAUUGUAAUGAAAAGUUUUUAAGAAUUACUGUUUAGUAUUCUGUCUUAAAUCAGUAGUGUGUCAGUCCCAAACUCUUGUGACCGAGACUACAUAUUAAAUAAACGGGGGGAUUAAUUCGGUAAUCAGAUUAUUCUACCUUUUAUUGAGCGAACUUUGUGAAAGAGUACUUGAACUGAAACCUCAAGGCACAAGGGGUACAGUUUUAAAUAAAAGUUGCAAACCACAGAUCUAGCAUAUAAACAAUAUCGAACAGAUACAUUUCCAUGUGAGACUAUAUAAAACACAGAUUAUUAUUCAUUUGAAGAUUUUAAAGACUAUUUUAAAAUGUUUGUAUUAUUAUUUAUUUAUUUAUUAUUAGCCGCCCUUAUCCACGAUUUCAGAAUAAACCAGAAAUGAAUACAACACAGUGCAAAUUGGGAGAUAACGUAUAAUACAUUAAAAUGUGGAAUAAUAGUGAGGUAACUAGAAAGCAUACGCGGUCAUACUAUAUUUACCAUAGUUUAACACUACCGCAGUAUAUACAGUAUUGUGGAUUUACCUAAUUCUGUGCAUUUAGCUUUUUAACACUACACGGUUUUAAUAAGUAUCGAUAAAACGCUUAAGAUGGUUUAUAUAGAAAUGAAGGUCACAUUUUCUGGGCGUAUGGAAAACCCUGUUUAAUAACGCGUUUAUAUGAAGACGUGGUUUUUCUAUAUUAGCAUUACUAACUUACAUUUUUCACUCACAAAACAUUUACAAAUCACGUUAUAAAUUACUAAAUGAAAAACAAUAAAUAAACACACAAAGAAGUAAAUCAAUUACUGCGUUUUAUAAACACCCAUGUGGCGUAGGCCCAAAUAGCAAAGUAAAACUGAACCCGUGUGGAGUGAAGGUGUCGACUGAUCAAAUGAGUUAGUUCUCAAGUCGUUUACAAAUUAGCAAAAUACCUUGUCAAAAAAAAAAAAUACUAGGAAUAGCCAGUCCAAAGUAAGACUGGGAUCCAACGGGAGCGGUGUCAAGAGUAUAGUACAUCACUAUCACAUUUCCUUGUUUACACAGCCAACUAUAUACACGGAUGAUCAGAUUGGAAAGUUUUACCACAUCAAUGAUAAGAUGUGUUCUAAUCACCCUAGCUCUAUAUGAUAUCUGAUACUGCACCAUUUUCGUCAAACCUACAUUAACUUAAAUGCACAGCCAUAUGUUAAUACACGACAUGGCAUUUAUAAGCUUCUCAUAGGACAAAUUAAUUUGACAAAUAUUACAAACUACAGGGGAUAAUUGUACAUUAUUCUAGACAGCGUGAAAUACAAAAUUAUGGAACGAACGUUUAAUAUAUAACCAUAACUAAAUUUAAUUUAUAAACAUAACUAAAUUCAAUGAGCAACAUUUUGGUGAUCUGCACAACAUCUACGUUACGUCAUGAAAUGCUGUGUGUAAAUAACAGUAGCCCUACACUGUGUUGUGUGGGGGAAGGUGACUGGUCCAUUUCCACAAGGUUGUACAACCGGUUUUAUACUAAUAUGCCUGCGGAAAAAUACUUUGUCUACGCUACUGUUUGUUUUGAUACUUCAGCAGUAAGACCAGGAACUAAAUCGUUUCCUUCUUUUAACGAGCACAUCAUAUUUCUUUCUUUUUUUUAUCCUCUGCCCCGCAGGUUACACAACUCCACAUUUGACGUAAGUCCUUGCGAGCUCCUCUCUUUGAUGAGAAAGUCUGAUUAUUAUUUCCGGACAGACUGGAAAUUCUGGCCAGUCAAAGCGAUCAUGGCGUCGGUACUCGGCUGCUGUUUGAGAUGGUGCGGAGACGGAGGAUCGGGGCAUGUUCCUUUGAAAGAAAUGCCUGCAGUCCAGCUAGACACACACCACAUGGGAACAGAUGUUGUUAUCGUCAAAAGUGGCAGAAGAAUAUGUGGCACGGGUGGCUGCUUAGCAAAUGCUCCUUUACAUCAGAAUAAGAGCUAUUUUGAAUUCAAAAUCCAGUCCACAGGUUAGUAAUUGGGUGUGUGUUUUGUUUUGUUUCCAUGAAACUCUAGAACAGUAAACUAUUAUUGACAGUCUGCUCAUUUUAUGAGGUAACGCUCUGUUGGUUUGAAUAUGGGAUAAUCCGUGCCUGGUGAUUACCAAGAGAAUAUUUACACAAGACCAGCAUUAGUAAACAGUAUGAAAUGCCAACAUUCUUGCUAAAGUAUUUCAUUUAUGAAACUCUUUUGAUAUUAAAGUUUACAGUUCCCCCGGUCUGUGCAGUUUUGAUGUUGUGAGCUCUUGUGUUUGAUCUGAACCAUGGCAAAGAAGUUGUAUCUAAUUCAAUUGUGAUGCAGCACUCAUCCAGGGCUAUAGUUUAACUGCACGGCUAUAAUUGCACAUUUAGCAGUAUAACUGCAGGGGCAUGAUUUCUGCUGUUGCAGAAUAACAAAUGAAUGGCUAUCUGCUCUGUGAUGAUCUGAAACGACCUUGAGUGUUGUAUGAAUUUCAACAUUCAUGG